UAAUAUCUAAAUAUUUUCGUUCUAAUUUCAAUUGUGUUUACUAAUUUACUAUAAAUUAUUAAACUAAACACUAAAAUUGUUCAAUAUUAUUCAAAUAAUUAUUGUUAAAUUGUGAUGUAGUGUUAAAAAAAUUAAAUUUGAAUUUGUGAGGUUAAAUCAGAAUGUCACAGUCUCAGCAAGAAAAAAGGUCUUUUACGGCCCAGGAAUGGGACUAUUUAAUCAAAUAUUUCGUAGGAAACAAUUUUCGUUAUAGAGAAAACAUAAUUAUACCCAAAAGUGUCGGUCCGGUACAAAUAAAGACCAAUGAAGAAAAGAUGGUGGAAUCGUUCUUUGAAAGUUGUACAUUUAAGUCUCUUAUGAGUUGUGUUGUUGGUUAUGGUUUGGGAGCGGCUAUAGGUCUUUUCUCAUCAAGUAUAGGACCUGCUUCGGUUACCGAUACCACAGAGCCCCAAACAGCAAGACAAGUGUUUAGAGAAAUGAAAACGACCACUCUAGGUUAUGCUAAAAAUUUCGCGUUAAUAGGAGCUCUAUUUUCUGGAGUCGAAUGUGUAAUUGAAUCUUCUAGAGGAAAGUCAGAUUGGAAAAACGGGACGUAUGCAGGAGGAGUCACAGGUGGAUUGAUAGGUUUAAGAGCCGGUGUAAAAGCUGGGGUUGUAGGUGCAAUGGGUUUUGCAGCCUUUUCGACAGCCAUAGAUUACUAUAUGCAUUCAAGAUUUUAGGUUAUUAUUGUCUA